AUGGUAUUUAAAGGAGCAGCGAAAUUAAUUGUUCGAUUAAGUCGAACAUUAAUUUCACGUCCAUUUAAACCAAUAUUUAAUACUUAUAAUAAUCAACUACCAGCAUUAAAUAAACAACAUCAAGUUUAUUCAAAAUAUCCAUUAAGAUUUUAUUUAUUUCCAUCUAUUUAUCGUUCAUUUUUAACUCCAACUAAUGGACAAAAUCUGUCGAAUUUAAUGCCAUUUCGAAUAGCUUUAAAUGAAAUUAAACGACGAUUAUUUUUUACUGCACCAAGUAGUUCUCGUUUUGCAUUGGGUUUACUUGGUUAUUCACUUGUUCCACAAUCAUCGAUUGAUCGUUUUCGCAUUGAUGAAACACUUACUCAAAUUGGAAAUCUUCUUUCAAAAACUUCUAUGAUGGAUCAAUUUAAUAAUGAAAAUGAAAAACAUAAUCGAGCAGUACUCGAUGAUUAUGAAUUAGGUCGUUUACUCGGUUGCGGUUGCAAUGCAGCUGUAUACGAAGCACGACUUCGUUCAUCCUCAUCAAAUACAACAUCAUGUAAUUUUACUAUUCCAUCAGAAAGAUAUUCAAGUGAAAGUGAAAGUGAUAUUGAUAUACUUUCACAUCAAUCAUCAUUAUGUGAAGAUGUAUAUGAAAAUGAAGAAGAACGAAUCAAUGAACUAACAUUAGAUGAAGUUCGAAAUCGAGCUUCAAUUGAUAUAACACAAUCAUCAAGUAUUGAUUCGGAUAUUUUACCUGCUGGUGAAUUUAAUUUAGCAAUAAAAAUGUUAUUUAAUUAUGGUAUUCAAUCGAAUGCCGAAGCACUUAAAAAAGCUAUGAAUAAAGAAUUAAUUCCGUUACGAGAAUAUUUUUCUCAUCCAAAUAUUGUACGUAUGUAUUCAUGUUUUGUUGAUUCAUUUCCAUUAUUAAAUGAAGCACAUGAUUAUUAUCCAAUGGCAAUUCCAACACGUUUAUCACCUGAUGGUUAUGGACGAAAUAAAACAUUAUUUAUUGUUAUGAGAAAAUAUGAUUUAACAUUAAAUGAAUAUAUUCAUUUAAAUCAACCAACUGAUCAUGAACGUUUAUUACUUUUUACACAACUACUUGAAGCUUUAUUAUAUUUAAAUAAUCAAUCAAUUGUUCAUCGAGAUUUAAAAAGUGAUAAUUUACUUAUAUGUCAAUCGACAGGUGAAUUAGUUUUGGCGGAUUUCGGUUGUGCAUUAUAUCAACCACCAGAUUUAAAACUUUCGUAUCAAACAGAUGAAGUUUGUAAAGGUGGAAAUCUUGCAUUAAUGGCACCUGAAAUUUUAACAUGUCAACCAGGACCAAAAAGUUAUCUUGAUUUUAAUAAAUCUGAUCUUUGGGCAAGUGGAACAUUAUGUUAUGAAUUUUUUUCACAAUCAAAUCCAUUUUUUCAUGGUUCACUUCGUCAAGAUAAUUAUGAUGAUAAAAAUUUACCAGCUUUAUCUUCACCGCCAAUUAUUGAACGACUUGUUCAUUUAAUACUUCAAAAAAAUCCCGAAAAACGUCCAUCAAUAUCACUUGUAACUGAUUGUAUACAUUUAUAUCUUUGGUUUGAAUCAUUAAAAUCUAAAACUGAACUUUAUCAUGCAUAUAUAUGGACAGCAUUAGAAACCCUGUUUACUAAACAUACAUUAACACGUGUUGAACUUAAUUUAAAGAAACUUUUUUUUCAACGACAAAAUUCUCAAACACUUUAUCGAGCACAAACAUUUCUUAAUCAACUUUAA